UACAUAGCGCUGAUACAUGGAGAAUAAAAGAUUAGUAAAAUUGAAUGAAAAUAAACUAGAAAAAGCCUAUUUUCGAAUUUAAAUGAUAACCAGUAAAUAAUUCAUUUGUUUGGAAAUGUACAUCUGAUUCUAAAACUUAAUAUUUAAACAUUCAAAUACCGGACUUUAAAACUGACAGACACUACUCUGGUGAACACAGAAAGUUGGAAGAUUAUCCAAUGAAAAGUUAGAGGGAGAAGUAAACCUUAAGACAUGAAUGGAUACAUAUGGAGCUAUAACUGCACUCUUAGUCGUGUCUAAUCAUGGCGUCUACCGUGGUCGGUAACCUGCAGGUCCGAGGCGAGGCCGCUCCGAGAAACUCGAACAAUGUGGCCCCGCUCUCGGCUACGUUCAAAGCAAAUAAGCCGGGUCCCGGUAUGGUAACCUUCGAUAAAUCGUUUCAGUUUGUGCUGAACAGCCAGGGACUUCAUGAGGACCUCGCCGUUACAGGGCUGACCGGCCCCACCGUCCCUGUGCGUAAGAUGGAGCACCUUUCGCGCGUGAGGACAGCGAACUAUGGUAUAUCAACCAUGGAUUCUCCAGAGAUACCGCCGGAGGAAAGUGAACCAGCAUUUGUGGUAGAGAAGCCUCAUUUUGUUCUGUGUGGACUACCAGUGGGUUCAAAAGAAAUUGACCAUCAUUUGUACGUGAAUGAGACACGUGUUGGGAGUUACAAGACUUCUGCACAGGCCCUGUAUCGGGCCAGGCGGGAACCUCGCUCCGGCAAGGCUGUUUCUGAGAUACUGUUUUCAUCAUCUCCUGACAAAGGUGUGAUUAACCCGAGCCCUGGACUACCAGAAAUGGAGGGCGGGAUGACGUACCGGGCUGUUCCCCCCAUCCCUCCCACCACGCCCGUGAACUAUGCCCACUUCGCUGCAAUGAAGGCGAAAUCCGCCGCUAACAGGUCAUCUGAUUGUGCAAAAUUCCACGGUUCAAUACCGGAUAGUGAACACCCAUACAUCCCAUCUGACGGACCCAUAAAACAAAAGAAAAUGACGUUGUUAAGUCGUGAGCGGUCAAGUGACGUUAUUGACUUACAUCGCGACCAUUCGAGCAUCUCCGCCCCGUCCAUCCGGUCAGUGGAGACGGUCUCGGAGUCCGUGGUCACCAACAGUCUCACAGUGACCACGGGGAAGGGCGUGCGCCUGAUGGGAAGUGGCAAGGCACCACCUAAGGUCAACUAUAACAAUCCAUACAGAAAUACCAAGUACAAGGAGAGACUCGUCCUAAACGGCAAUAAACGAAUGGAAUUUAAUAGCAUAGACAAAUACAUGAAGUUUCAAAAACAACAGUCCUUGAAUGGUAAAUUCUUCAUGACUCCAAGAGCUAUUUUAAGAAUACCUAAGCCGUGCUCAGACACGUUCUUGCUUCAGAUGAUGUAUGAUUUAAAUAGACCGAAGUCCAGAAAGUCAGCGGGGUCUGUAAAACAGUCCGACGUGUAUAGAGACAGGGUUUUCGAAGAGUUUGUGCACACUAGGACUUCUAGCUCGCUCAGCAAAGCGCAGACCAACAUAGAUAAGUUCAUGGGUAAGCAACAGAAAGAUACAAAUGUAGCUAGGUCAGAGAAAAGUGUGAAAAGUGCGAAAAGUAUGAAAAGUGCAAAAAGUUUAACAGAAACAAUCACCGAGGAAAUAACCCUGGAUGAUGACAUUGAUGACAGUGAAAACUUUGAUAGAAGUGAUGGAUAAAAGUAUGACGAUGAUGCUGAUUAUGCAGCACAAAUCGGUUACGGUCUUAUUGUUAACUUUAAAAUCAACGAGCAUACGGCAGAAUAUCAAUCAAUUCAAUUUCAAUCAAUUUUGAUGCGACUGUCAUAAACUAAAUUGAAAGUUGUACUUGCAAAACAUACAUUGUCUUAAUAAAGGGAUUCGUUCAUGGUUUGUAAAAUACAUUUUUAUCACGAAAUUAAGUGUGGCAAAUGAUUAGGCUUGUUGAAAACUAAGAUACUGGCGGCUAUAACCCUUCAACAAAUGCUGGUAUAUGCUCAAAUAUUGUGUUUGAAGUCCACACUCACGCGAUUUAUUAAAAUGGUAUAGCGUGAUUGGUUGAUUGGCAUUAUCACGUAGUGCUACUAAUGUUUUUAACAAAGGUUUAAAAAUCCAUCGGUUUAGUAAGAGUCAUUGUGGGAGAGUGGAUAAAGUUACGGUUUGCUAAAAAAAUUAUCUUGACUGUACCGGCUCCCUUACAACCAGGUUGAUUAAGAUAUUUAAAUUGUAUUUUAUCACCAAAUGCAUCACGUGGAAAAAUGGUGCCAAAACAUGACCGAGUCACUUCUACAAAUUAAAAACAACAACAACAACAACAACAACAACAUGAACUUCAGUCUAAAAUAGCUGACCUGUUUUACCGUCUCAUGUUUUCCAGUGGCACUGCUUUUCUUGGUGUAUUGUCUAAAAUGCUCAACUCUUUAUUUCUGCUCAUGAAUUCAUUUCAUGUUAUUUUUCUGAAAUAUCCUAACAAAUAAAUUGUUA